AUGCCUAGCGGGAGGAUAGGGACCUUCUUUCAGACCAGGGUGUUCCACGCUGACCCCGAGAGCCGACGGCAAGAGACGGAAACAUUCCAGAAGAUUUCCAGAGAGGCCAUUGGAGAGACGUUCCUCGAAGAGGACCCAACCGUCGCAGAAUGGUUUAGAAGUCUGCUACCUACUUCAGCCGGGGCGGGGCAGUAUGUGCAGAACCUCUUCCCUAGCGCACAGUGGAUGCGGCGCUACAAUCUGCACUGGUUGCUUGGGGAUUCCAUCGCUGGCAUAACUGUGGGGCUUGUUGUCGUCCCUCAGGCUAUGGCCUAUGCGCUGCUUGCCCGCUUAUCUCCUGCAUACGGCUUGUACACGACAUUCACCGGCGCAUGUCUUUACUGGAUCUUUGGCACGUCGAAAGACAUUGUCAUUGGGACCACCGCCGUUGGGUCCCUAUUAGUAGGCGGCGUAGUCAGCAGCGUCGAAGCCGAACGCCCAGGCGUGUACCCUCCCGAGCAGGUUGCUCACGCACUUUCGUUCCUUGCCGGGCUGAUCCUACUGUUUUUGGGCUUCUUCCGCUUGGGGUGGCUCAUCGAGUUUAUUCCCUACAUCCCGAUUAGCGCUUUUGUUACGUCCGCCAGCAUCACCAUCAUGUCGACUCAGGUACCCGCUGCCCUCGGCAUCACUGGGAUCAACACACGGGAAUCGCCAUAUAUCGUCAUCAUCAAUACCCUCAAGAGCCUCCCGAGAACGCAGCUGGAUGCCGCCAUCGGUAUUACCUCCAUCAUCCUGCUCUUCCUCAUUAAAGAUGUGUGCGCGAGGAUGGAGAUACGGCAACCUACGAGAAAGAGAAUGUGGUCCUUGAUCUCUUCUCUUCGGUUGACUUUCACGGUGCUCUUGUAUACCUUUAUCAGUUGGUUGGUCCACCGGAAUACGCCCGAGGAAGCGUCAAAGUUCCGCAUCGUCGGUACCAUCGAGAAAGGCUUUUCGCACGCUGGCAUACCCAAACUGGACACCGAACUAUUCGGCUUAGUUGCCCCGCAACUUCCUGCCAUCGUCAUCAUUCUCAUCGUAGAGCAUAUUGCUAUCGCCAAAUCUUUCGGACGCAUAUGCGGCUACACAGUCAUCCCUUCCCAAGAGAUUCUCGCUCAAGGUGCCGCCAAUAUUCUCAGUCCCUUUGUGGGAGGCUAUGUGUGCACUGGGUCCUUUGGUGCCUCUGCCGUUCUAUCCAAGGCUGGAGUGCGCACACCGCUUGCAGGGCUUUUCAGCGCCAUGGUCCUCAUCCUGGCCCUCUAUGCCCUGACCGCCGUGUUCUACUACAUCCCGCACGCAGCACUUGCCGGACUGAUCAUCCAUGCCACCUACAACCUAAUAACGCCACCAAAAAACUUGUACAAGUACUGGCAGCUCUCGCCGAUUGAGCUAGGCAUUUGGGUAGUCGGCGUAGUCCUCGCUCUUUUCACAGACCUGGAGACAUCGAUAUACGCCGGCAUCGCACUCUCCUUCGCCGUCCUCCUCAUCCGCAUGGCAAGGACACCGGGAAAGUUCCCCGGCCUAGCCAAGGUCACCCGCAUCAUGCGCAACGGCCAGUGCGAGGUCGUUUCUUCCUCGGCAAGCUCCUUCACCGGCGAAACCGAGACCGAACAAGUCCACGCUCGCGAGGUCUUCGUCCCCCUCCAGGACAAGGGCAGCCACAACCCGAACGUAAAGAUCGACCCCCCCUACCCAGGUGUUUUCAUCUACCGCUUCAACGAGAACUUCAACUACAUCAACCAAGCAUACCACAUGGACUACCUCCUUUCGUACAUCCUCGCCCACACCCGCCGAACACAGGCGGAUGACGGUGUUCCACUCAAAGACCGUCUGUGGGUCGACGCCCCGCCCUCAGCCAAGCAAAUCACCCAUUCAGAGUCGAUGCCCCUCCUCCGCGCCAUCGUCCUCGACUUCUCCGCCGUCAACGUCCUCGACGUGACCAGCAUCCAGGGCCUAGUCGAUCUCCGCAACACGCUGGAUCGCUACGCCGCGCCCGCAGUCGUGGAGUGGCACUUCGCAGGCGUGCAGAACCGGUGGACGCGCCGCGCGCUCGCAUUCGCAGGCUUCGGCUACCCGGCGACCAAGAACCCAGACGCGCUCGGGAACUGGGUUCCCGUGUACACGGUCGCUACCUCGCUCGCCGGCGCGACAGAGGACGACGAGCGCGACAGGGAUACGCGCAAGCUGCAGCUGCAGGCCCAGGAUGAGGAGUCGCGGCGGAGCACGAGCACGGCGCCGCUGAAGGCGAGUGGGAAGCAGGUCGCGGGCGAGGAGACGCCGCCGGCGGUCGAAGUCACGGAGGAGAAGAGGAAGAUGGAGCCGCUGUACGGUGUGGAUAGGCCGUUCUUCCAUGUCGAUCUCGUGGAUGCGGUGGAUGCUGCGAUACGGGAUGCUAGGAAGAGAGAUGAGCUGCGCGGAAUGCAUGCAGAGGAGCAUAGGGAUACCGGGGUGUCGCCUUGA